CAAACUGAAAGACUAUGUAUUAUGCCCUAGCUAGUGUGAACUGUGAAGAGGGUCUUAGACGAAACCUGCCGUGUACCCAUAAUUCAUUAUGUUCAUCAUCUUUUCAUAUAAAUACUUCAUAUUUAACCUGCAACUGUCGUCUUUCUUAGCCUUUAAUGGCAGCCUCCAUUACCGUCCUUCCCUUUAGAAAAUCUCUACUUCUAUCAACUCAUCUAACUUUGCUCUGACUUUCACUCACUGUAUUUGCCUUACCUCAUUUCAUUUUCGAGUCUCGCCGCCUGAAAACCAUCCACUCUCGCCGAAGUUUGGACGCCACCAGACACAGGGCCCAAACCACAUCAAUGGAGGACGAAGUGAAAUUUCCAAUUUUUGACCUAAAACCAUCUUACGAAGCUAAAAUCCGAGAAUUGCUUCGGAAUAUUAGCUCAAUGGAACUCAAGCUUUGCUCUGAUGGCGCAAAGGAGUUCAUGAGGCUUCUUAGGGGAAACACUGGUGGGGAAUUAUUGCAUGAAUAUGUUCGUACAUCGUCAAAGUUCUCGGAGCUUCUAGAAGUUUGGAAUCGGCGGCGUGGUAAGCCUGGUAUGUCUUAUAUUAUGUCAUUAAUUGCUGCCAUUUUAAGACAUUCUGAUGGAAUUUAUAAGAUUGAUGAUCAUGGUAGGAUUGUAAUUAGUCGUGCAUUAGAUAAGUUUGCAAAAUUGAUUGUUGAGGAUAAGUUAGAUGAUGUUUAUAGGGAGCUUAAUAGUAAGGAUGGGAAGCGUCAGAAGGCGGCUUUAUUGUUAGUAGCCUCGAUUGUGAGGCGUGGUUCGUUGUUAGCGGCUGAGGUAGCGAAAAUUUUCGAUUUUAAGCUUUCAAUAUUGCCUAAGUUGUCGGAGUAUCGGAGAAAGAAAAUAGAGAGAAAGAGGAAGCACUCUACUAGGGAGGCUUUUAUUGAAUUUGCUUUGUCAUUUUUGGAGGUGGGAAAACCAGGUUUAAUACGGUGGAUUUUGCAGCAGAGAGAAAUAUUUUCAGGGAUUCUUAGAGGUCUCGGCAAUGAUGAUGAGGAGACUGUGGUCUAUGUGUUAUCGACAUUGCGUGAUCGAGUUCUUACUGACGACUCUUCAGUUACCCCGGGUCUUAGGAGUGUUCUUUUUGGUAGUAUAACAUUGGAGCAGUUACUUGAAAUUUCAGCGCGUGAAGAUGCUGUGCUUGCUGCUGAACUUGCGUAUGAUGUUCUUCGCAAGGUCUGCAUUGAUCCUUCUAAUGGAUUGAUGCCUGAUUUAAAGAGACACCCAAGUCCAUUAAAGGGAAAUCAGAAGCGGCUUGUAGAUCUAAUGAAGAAGCUUAAAGCGACUGAAAUUGGGUAUCACUCAAGCUUGCUUUUGGAAAUUGUUAAAGGGAAACCAUCUCUUGCUUCAGCUUAUCUGGAUCAGUUUCCAUACAACCUUGAUGAUCACACUUCAUCUACAUGGCUUCCAGCUGUCAUUUUAGCAGCUAAUGUAAUUUCAUCUGUGAGUUGUGGGAUUUCAUGGGGUUUCCUUGAUAAUCAAGCUGAAAAUUUGAUGACUUUUGAAGCUUCAGAUGUGCAAAGUGUUUUGAAAUGUCUCUGUCUCCGGCCUUUCAACCGGCGUGUAGUCAACAAAGGCUUACUUCAUUCUGAUUUUCUGGUUAAGCAUGGUACUCUGAGGCUCCUUUUGGAAAUUCUUAAAUUUUUGAACUCCUUUAUUGAUGCUUUAUGUUUUAGAGAAUUGUAUUCACUCAAGCAAAAAGUCCAGGAUGAAGUUCUUAUCCUGCUCCCUGAUUCCCAAGUAUUGUUUACAUUACUGAGCUCAGUUAGUAGUUUUUAUGAGACACCUAAAUCCACUUUAAAGAGAUCAUCUGAUUCAGAAAGUGUUGGCAGUCAUAUUACACCUGCUAGAAAGAAAUCAAAAACUAAUAUCAUUAGUGAAGAAAUAGAUAUUGUUGUGGGUGGGCUAGAUUGUGCUGAAAAAAUUGUACCUGGGGACACUGAAAAACCAAGGAAAACAGUAGCUACACUACAGUUUGAUGAUGAAAAUGGUCUUGAGCAACUCAUGGAAAUUUGGCGUUCUUAUGAAAGCUCAUUCUCUUUGGAAACUGUAAAAGGUUCUGAAGUGUACUUCUAUUGCAAACUCCUGGAAGCUCUGGAGAUGUAUCAUAGGACCUUUCGUUCAAUUUUGGAAGUAUCAUAUGAUUUUCUUAAAAUUCUUCCUAAUAGUCCGUUAAAGUUGCCUAGUAUUCUGCUGCAAUCAUUGUUGUCCAUGUUGAUAGAACACAUUGGCUGUUCUCGAGAGGCAGGCUCAUCAACUAAAGUACUGCCUCCUAUCUACAAUCAUCUGCAGUCUUUUCUUCAGUUGUCAUUCUAUUCACCGUCUAGAUAUGUAAGGGAGAAAGCAUAUAUUUUGGCAAAAGCAGCAAUGAUGAGUACUGGUGCUUUUGACAACAACCCAUGUGAAAUUGCGUCAUGGUUUCUGUUUAUACCUGGGGAUGUUGCACAAUAUGAUGGUAAUAAAUGCCAAGAGGAUAAAUUAUUACAAACUCUGUCUUCAUCAGUUGUUUCUUUCCUCUGCGACACUGUAUCCACUGUAGGAAACAACUUGGUGAAGCACUGGGAAAUUACAAAGUGCAAGUAUUUCAAUGUGAAAACUAUACAAGAAACAGAUGUUAAUUUUAGCCCACUUGUUGUUUGUGCUUUGGAAAAGCUGCUUAGUUCUGGGUUAGAAACAUUUACACGGGCUGAAAAAUCAUCGAUAUCCUUGUAUGUUUGUAAUACCUUAAAAUAUCUAUUGCAAACUCAGAUUGAUGCUGCAGUACUGGCUGCUGUUAUUCAUCAGUUACUAUCAAAGAGAAUUGAGAAGCAUAUGUCUGCAGUUAGUACUGAUGAAGUUUCUUGCUGUGUGCGGACACCAAUGAUCUUGUUGUAUCAAUUUUCUCAGAGUGUAUUAAAUCAAGACACUUGCAAUUAUUGCUCAACUGAUGGAAUUUCUUGGAAGGAAAACAAUUCACUGACAAAAACACUUGUCAAAGUGAAAGGGCUCUUGGAUGCAGGCAGCAGCGAUUUGGUUGAAAUAUCUAAAAUGUUAUAUUCCACAGUAGCAUGCACACAUCCUGAAGAUGUUGUGGAUAAUUUUCCAUCUGUUAUGGCUAUUUCCGGAGAACUUUCAGGGGUUAAUUGUGCUGUCAUGAACUACUUCUGUCUUGAUCAAAAUCUUAUUAGACGUGUGUCUAAGCUGUGGUCUGACAUGUUCUACUCAGGUCUUAGAAUGAGUAUUGUGGCAUCUAAUCAAGUUACUCAAGAUAAUGAUGAUCAAGCUUCAAUACUGGUGUUGCAUAAGAAUUUUGAGGAGAUAAAAUAUGCUUCUGGUUUUUUGGGUUCAUUAUUGAACGAGGCACCUUUCUAUGUAUUAUUUCCGGGAAUUAUCUUAUGUGACCUGGAACAAUAUUCAGAGAUUAGGGAGUUGCUACUAGCUAAGGUGUCUAUUUUAGAAACUGAGCAGAUUGUUUCUUCACUUAGGCUGGUGCUCUUUUGGUUCCAUCAGAUACAGAUGUCGUAUAGAAAGAAUCCAUCUGAACAGCUGGAAUUACACUCUGAACUGUGUUGCUUGCUUGUAGAACGUAUUUUUGCCCGGUUGUCUAAUCUGAAAGUUGAUUCUGAUUUGUCGGUGGAUAAUGCUUCUUUUCCUUUCUUUGUAUGUCUACAAGAAGUAGCUAAAUCCAUCUUUUGUCACCCUGCAUUGAAUGAAGCUUUCUCAUUCUCAUUUACUCAUCAAUAUGAAUUCACAGAAGGGUUCUUAAGGGAUAUCACUGAAGGAGCUUUUCGUCUUUCUGAAGGAGAAAUUUGUAAGACAGAGCUUCAUAUUUUGAAGUUACUGACUAAAACUUCUGACUACUUCUUAGCUCUCUGUAGCAAAGAGUUUUCUUUGUCUGCAUAUACUGAGUGCAAGGAAAACAUUGUCAAGAUGUUUAGAAAUCUGGUGCAGCAGAUAUUUUUGAUUUUUAAGUAUAGGUUCAAAAUGUGGUAUCGUUCUGGAGAUAUGACCUUCUUUCCGAUCUUAUGCGCUGUUGUUUCUUUGAUGCAGUUUAUCUCACCCAUCGAGCUACUUAAGUUGGCAGAUUGGAUGUUCAUGGAACUCACUGAUUUCUCAAUUUCUAGGAUCUCCGAUGUCUGUCCCUCAUCUUUGGCUUUUGCUAUUGCAUCUGGAGCUUUUAACAUGCUGUAUGAAUUGUCGCAGUCUUCAAAUAUUCGGGUGGUUCUUAGUGACUUGUUUUGGGUGACCAAAAUGAGAAGCCUUGAUUCUACAUUAUUUGAGCGCAUGUAUUUUAAGGCUAUUAACUUUGCUACCUGUUUCAAAACUGACUUUGCAACGUGUGCCAAACAAGACUUUGCUAGCAUAUGCUUGCAUAAAGCUUUGAGUGCAGCUCACAGCCUGAUUUAUAGGCAAGAUUGUCUGCCAUUCAGCACAGGAAUUAGUAGAGUCGUAGCUAUAACUCCGGUCAGAAUAAUCUCUUACUGUCUUGACAAGACUGACAUAACUAAAGCAACAAUUUUAUUUUUGUUAAUUGAGAUGAGUGUAUUACAUGCAUCAGUUUUUGGCAUGCUCUUCUCAGAUAUUUUGAGGGCAGACAAUGCACAUAAUGUUAACGUGAGAGACAAUAUCUGUAGUCAGUCACUUUCAGGUGAGGAGUGCUUAAUGCUUAUGCCUGCUGCAGGCUUGUACGUAAGUUUUUCUUGGACAAAACUUGGAAUUCACUGUUAUAGGUAUACUGAAUGUAUAUUGGCCUCGUACUCCAAACUCCUCUUGGAUGGCUUCUCUAAGUGGAAUGACUUUGUGUCGAAAACUGUAUUUCAUGUUGAAUUUGAUAAUAAUUUGUCUUCAGUUGAGAAUAUUGAUGGCCUUUUCAGUGACAGCCUCCUUCAGAAAGCAGUUCACAUGUUGCAAUGGUACUUCACCUCAAGUGCUGAUAAUAAAGAUGAGAGGUUGAAACUAUUCCACUCACUUUUCCCUGGUGCAUUGGCUGGUUUCAUGGACUUUGAUGUCAGACAUAUAGAUACAUACUCUGUUGGACAGUUGACAAACUUAACCAAUAGAGUUGUAGCUAAAAUUUCUCUAUGUUUUGUACUUCUAUACCCAGAAGAUAAGAAAUGUUCAUCAAAUGAAUCUCAUGCUAUUGAGGGGGAUUCUUUUGGGGGUUCCGAUGUAGAAAAGUCCUUAACAGUGAGGUUCUUGGACUUGUUGGUCUACAUUUGGCAACAUGUUGUAGAGAAGUAUCCAUCUGCUUCUGAUAAUCCUAGCUUGGGGACUCCCAUCUGUUUGUUGUUAAGAUCCCUUGAGAUAUUUACACUGAGAAGCAUCUAUAGAUUGAUAAUGAAGAUCCGUAAUGUCUUGAUUCAGAUGGAUUCACUCCCCUUCAUCAAAAAGAUGGCAAAAGUUUGUUUUCGUUAUAGGUUUGAGGAUCCUGCUACAAUUGAGAAUCUUCGUCGUAUUUUAUCUUCUUUAUCUGAGGGAAAGUUGCCUAUUGUUUUGCUUCUUCAGCUGCUGCUUGGGCAUUCUCAGUUGGCUUCAACUAUUGGCAGUAUUGUUGGCCCAUCUACCUCUGCCUCAUUUGGGAUAGUUGUAAAGCCCUUGUCUAGCUUUUUGAGGUUGCUAAGUAUUCCUACUGAAAAGAGCAAUCUUGAAAAAUCAGAAAGAUACAAGUCUCAGUUGGAGGUCUUGAAGCUACUUAGAUUACUCUUUCACUUAAGGGCUACUCAGAAUGGUUCUGUUUCUGAAAAUGACUUAGGUGUAAAUUUAAGAGAAUUAUCAUUGCUGCUUUUGACUAGUUAUGGUGCCACUGUAAGUGAAAUUGAUUUGAAGAUCUAUAACAUUCUUUCAGAAAUUGAGUCUGCUGAUGGGAUGGACAAGAAAAUAAUGGUUGACCAGGAUUACCUAUGGGGAAGGGCUGUGAGAAAAGGAAAACGACAUGCUAUGGGGCAUAUUUCCUUAAAGAGUGACAUAGCAGAUGAUGAAGACUGCAGACGAAGUCAAUAUAGGGAUCACUUUCCUAUUGAUCCUAAGUUAGUGUUGCAAACUGUCUUAUAUUUUCCUUAUGGAAGGACCGCAUCAGAAAUGAUUCUGUUUCCAGAUGUUGUUCGAAACACUCCGAUGGGACACUCCACUAAAAUAGGAAGGAUGGAAUGCUAUGACCCAUUCUUUAUUUUAUCCUUUUCAAUUCAUAGCUUGACAAUGGGAUUUUUAGAUCCUGUGGAAUUUUCUGGCUUAGGCUUGCUAGCUAUUGCAUUCGUUAGCAUGGGAUCACCGGAAGAUGGAAUAAGGAAGUUGGCCUAUGAGGUUGUUCUGAGAUUUAAGUUUGCAUUGAUGGGUUGUCAGAAGAAAAGGGAAGUGACUAAGCUCAAGCUAUUACUGACAUAUCUACAGAAUGGAAUAGAAGAACCAUGUCAAAAAAUCCCCAGCAUUUUUUCGGUUUUUGUUGCGGAAGCUUCUGUUAUCUUGUUGGAUCCUUCUUAUGAUCAGUAUUCUGCCAUAAGCAAUUUCUUGUUGGAGUCUCCUCCGAUGAAUUUAAAGGCCAUACCCCUGUUUCACGAUAAUUUCUGGAGCAAUUCGCGAAACUUCAGAACAGAUAGAAUGUGGAUGCUUUGUUUGCUGUAUGCUGGGAUAAAUUCAGAAGACGAUGCCCUAAUAUAUAUCAAGAACUCGGUGUUUGAGAUUUUACUGAGUGUUUAUACAUCUCCACUUUCAGAUAUUGAGUCAAAGGAGUUGAUCCUUCUGGUGCUUAAGAAGUGUGUUCAAGUGCCCAAGACAGCCUGUUAUCUAGUUGAGAAUUGCUGUUUAAUUUCUUGGCUCUCUUCAAUUCUUGCCUCAGCAGUUAUUGAUACUAAUUUCGAAGGCAUUCUUUACUCCAAAAAGUUGAUACUUUUACUUGAGGUUGUUCAUGAGACUGUCUCAUCCAGGAGCACCGUGGAAUGGUUGCAAAAGCAUGCACUUGAGCAGCUUUCUGAUCUAUUAUGUCAUCUAUGGAAUCUAUUGAUUAGAUGCUCAAAAUUGGUACUCAAGAAGAAGACAUUGGUAAUCUUAAUACUAGAAAUAAUUGUAGCAGCCUUGAAGCUGUCACAGAGAAACAAUAUGUCCGGACCAUAUUUUACACCAUCCAUUCAAAGUAUAUAUCAAUUAUAUCAAACGGUUGAUGUGCAUGAUGAUUCUGGAGACUCUGCAGUGUAUGGACUGAAGUCUAUACUUUUCAGUACGCCCCCGACAACUAUUUCUGAUCUGAACUUGGAAGAUCUCUCCAAGUUUCUUGUGUGGGCAGUUUCUACAGCCCUUCGAUCAGAUUCUCAGCAGGCUUUACUGAAGCAACAUUUUCCUCCAAGUUUCUCGUGUACUGAGGAAUACACACGAGAAGAGCCUCUGACUUCAACACUUCUACGCUGGCUUGUAGCUUCCAUCAUUCUAUGGAGGCUUUCAUUUAGAAAUAGUGGCUGUAACUCUGAUUUUGUCGUAGGUGAAGCAAAUGGAGACACUUUACUCUCCCUAAUAAAAUAUGUAGGACCCAUAGGUGAAGGAUGCAAACUUGUAUCUGGUUCUAAAGAAAUUUUAGCUGCAACUGUCAUUCAUCUACAUCAGGUUCUUGGCAUUAAGUGCCAGACACUGCAGUCAGUGGUUGCAGCACUGUCUCUUUUGCUCUUUGCUGAUGGGUCAUAUGCUGCUCAAGGUGAUUUGUCGAGCCUAGACACCAGUAUUGACCUUCAAAAACGUGUAUCGCUCUGGUCAAAGAUAUCCUCACCUAAUGAAGCUAAUCCAUCUUGGAGAUGGUCAUUUUACGAGCCAUGGGUCGCUGAUGCACCCAAGCGCACUGAUCUGGAGAAAAUGGAAGAAAGCCAUGCAUGUCAAAAACUCAUGGUCUUGAUCUCAACAAUGGAAAAGACAUCGGAUCACAAGUCGCUAUCCCCUCAAGAGUUAGAAUCGUCUGGAUUUUUUGAAUGGGAGAGAACUAAGCUUCAAAAAGAUUGAAAUGUUGUCAAAAAUCCAUUUGUAUAAUUUUUUGUAGCUUGCUAGUAGCAGCGAAUGCUGGUAUUCAUUUUAGGAGUAUAUUUAUAUAUUUUAUUUUUAAAAGCUCCCAUUAAUUGAUGAAUAUCAUUAAGCGAAUUUCGGAAACAUGUUUCUAACAAAUCUAAGGAAGCAAAAAUAGAACCCCACUUUUCUCAUUUAUGAUUUGUAAGGGCCGCCUCUGGCUAUUUUUGUUGAGUCUUGUGGUGAGUUGAGGAGAAGUAA